AUGGCGACUCUCAAGAAAAGGAAGAAGGGAUUGAUGAAGAAGAUGGAUGAACUCAGCACCCUUUGUGGCGUUGAAGGAUGCGCGAUUGUAUACUCACAAGGAGAGGCAAUUCCCGAGGUUUGGCCCAAUGAGACAAAGGCUGAGAGUGUGGUGGCCCGAUUUAACAUGAUGCCAAAUGAGAAUCGACACAAAGGGAUGGAAAAUCAGGAGAAAGAAACUACUUUGUUGAUGUAUGGUUACCUUAAUGGAGAAGUGAGUCAUGAAAGAAAAUUGGAAAUGGAUGAGUACCAUGAUCUUAAUAGGGUGAUUGAUCAAAAGUUGGAAGAAAUUGGUGAGAGGAUGAGAGCGCUCCCGGUGAAAUCAACUUUGAGUCUGGUUCAAGAUUCAAUUAAUCCUUCAAGGGUUAACGAGGAUGUAGCUGAAUGUUCGACGAGUCGUAUGAGAUUGAAGGAUGAUGAAUUUGUGAUUCGGACAGAAGAGAAUGAUGAUUAA